CCAUCGCGCCUCCGUCCCCGCCUGCGGCCUGUCUGGGGGUCGCGGGGCGCAGGCGCGGCGGGCCGACGGGCGGGGGUCCUCCCCACGGGUGCGCGGGCGCCUUUGUUCCCGGCGCGCGAGCGGGGUGGGGCCUCAGGGCAGCCCCGCCCCGCCGCGCUCAAGCCCCGCCCCGUGUCCGCCUGCAGGAGCCGCCGCCGGGUCCCGCUCGUCUGCCGCCUCAGCCUCAGCCCCAACCUCAGCCGCCGCCGUUGCGCCUGCUCCCGGGCGGUCCCGGCCUGUGCCGCCGCCGCCCCCAGCGUCGGAGCCAUGGCGGGCGCAGCGUCCCCUUGCGCCAACGGCUGCGGGCCCGGCGCGCCCUCGGACGCCGAGGUGCUGCACCUCUGCCGCAGCCUCGAGGUGGGCACCGUCAUGACUUUGUUCUACUCCAAGAAGUCGCAGCGACCCGAGCGGAAGACCUUCCAGGUCAAGCUGGAGACGCGCCAGAUCACGUGGAGCCGGGGCGCCGACAAGAUCGAGGGGGCCAUUGACAUUCGUGAAAUUAAGGAGAUCCGCCCAGGGAAGACCUCACGGGACUUUGAUCGCUAUCAAGAGGACCCAGCUUUCCGGCCGGACCAGUCACAUUGCUUUGUCAUUCUCUAUGGAAUGGAAUUUCGCCUGAAAACGCUGAGCCUGCAAGCCACAUCUGAGGAUGAAGUGAACAUGUGGAUCAAGGGCUUAACUUGGCUGAUGGAGGAUACAUUGCAGGCACCCACACCCCUGCAGAUUGAGAGGUGGCUCCGGAAGCAGUUUUACUCAGUGGAUCGGAAUCGUGAGGAUCGUAUAUCAGCCAAGGACCUGAAGAACAUGCUGUCCCAGGUGAACUACCGGGUCCCCAACAUGCGCUUCCUCCGAGAGCGGCUGACGGACCUGGAGCAGCGCAGCGGGGACAUCACCUACGGGCAGUUUGCUCAGCUGUACCGCAGCCUCAUGUACAGCGCCCAGAAGACGAUGGACCUCCCCUUCUUGGAAGCCAGUACUCUGAGGGCUGGGGAGCGGCCGGAGCUUUGCCGAGUGUCCCUUCCUGAGUUCCAGCAGUUCCUUCUUGACUACCAGGGGGAGCUGUGGGCUGUUGAUCGCCUCCACGUGCAGGAGUUCAUGCUCAGCUUCCUCCGAGACCCCUUACGAGAGAUCGAGGAGCCAUACUUCUUCCUGGAUGAGUUUGUCACCUUCCUGUUCUCCAAAGAGAACAGUGUGUGGAACUCGCAGCUGGAUGCAGUAUGCCCGGACACCAUGAACAACCCUCUUUCCCACUACUGGAUCUCCUCCUCGCACAACACGUACCUGACCGGGGACCAGUUCUCCAGUGAGUCAUCCUUGGAAGCCUAUGCUCGCUGCCUGCGGAUGGGCUGUCGCUGCAUUGAGUUGGACUGCUGGGACGGCCCGGAUGGGAUGCCAGUUAUUUACCAUGGGCACACCCUUACCACCAAGAUCAAGUUCUCAGAUGUCCUGCACACCAUCAAGGAGCAUGCCUUUGUGGCCUCAGAGUACCCAGUCAUCCUGUCCAUUGAGGACCACUGCAGCAUUGCCCAGCAGAGGAACAUGGCCCAAUACUUCAAGAAGGUGCUGGGGGACACACUCCUCACCAAGCCCGUGGAGAUCUCCGCCGAUGGGCUCCCCUCACCCAACCAGCUUAAGAGGAAGAUCCUCAUCAAGCACAAGAAGCUGGCUGAGGGCAGUGCCUACGAGGAGGUGCCUACAUCCAUGAUGUACUCUGAGAACGACAUCAGCAACUCUAUCAAGAAUGGCAUCCUCUACCUGGAGGACCCUGUGAACCACGAAUGGUAUCCCCACUACUUUGUUCUGACCAGCAGCAAGAUCUACUACUCUGAGGAGACCAGCAGUGACCAGGGCAACGAGGAUGAGGAGGAGCCCAAGGAGGUCAGCAGCAGCACAGAGCUGCACUCCAAUGAGAAGUGGUUCCAUGGGAAGCUAGGGGCAGGGCGUGACGGGCGUCACAUCGCUGAGCGCCUGCUUACUGAGUACUGCAUCGAGACCGGAGCCCCUGACGGCUCCUUCCUCGUGCGAGAGAGUGAGACCUUCGUGGGCGACUACACGCUCUCUUUCUGGCGGAACGGGAAAGUCCAGCACUGCCGUAUCCACUCCCGGCAAGAUGCUGGGACCCCCAAGUUCUUCUUGACAGACAACCUCGUCUUUGACUCCCUCUAUGACCUCAUCACGCACUACCAGCAGGUGCCCCUGCGCUGUAAUGAGUUUGAGAUGCGACUUUCAGAGCCUGUCCCACAGACCAACGCCCACGAGAGCAAAGAGUGGUACCACGCGAGCCUGACCAGAGCACAGGCUGAGCACAUGCUAAUGCGCGUCCCUCGUGAUGGGGCCUUCCUGGUGCGGAAGCGGAAUGAGCCCAACUCAUAUGCCAUCUCUUUCCGGGCUGAGGGCAAGAUCAAGCAUUGCCGUGUCCAGCAAGAGGGCCAGACAGUGAUGCUAGGGAACUCGGAGUUCGACAGCCUUGUUGACCUCAUCAGCUACUAUGAGAAACACCCGCUAUACCGCAAGAUGAAGCUGCGCUAUCCCAUCAACGAGGAGGCACUGGAGAAGAUUGGCACAGCUGAGCCUGACUACGGGGCCCUGUAUGAGGGACGCAACCCUGGCUUCUAUGUAGAGGCAAACCCUAUGCCAACUUUCAAGUGUGCGGUCAAAGCCCUCUUUGACUACAAGGCCCAGAGGGAGGACGAGCUGACCUUCACCAAGAGCGCCAUCAUCCAGAAUGUGGAGAAGCAAGAGGGAGGCUGGUGGCGAGGGGACUACGGAGGGAAGAAGCAGCUCUGGUUCCCAUCAAACUACGUGGAAGAGAUGGUCAACCCUGUGGCCCUGGAGCCGGAGAGGGAGCACUUGGACGAGAACAGCCCCCUAGGGGACUUGCUGCGGGGGGUCUUGGAUGUGCCGGCUUGUCAGAUUGCCAUCCGUCCUGAGGGCAAGAACAACCGGCUCUUCGUCUUCUCCAUCAGCAUGGCGUCGGUGGCCCACUGGUCCCUGGAUGUUGCUGCCGACUCACAGGAGGAGCUGCAGGACUGGGUGAAAAAGAUCCGUGAAGUGGCCCAGACCGCAGAUGCCAGGCUCACUGAAGGGAAGAUAAUGGAACGGAGGAAGAAGAUUGCCCUGGAGCUCUCUGAACUUGUCGUCUACUGCCGGCCUGUUCCCUUCGAUGAAGAGAAGAUUGGCACAGAACGUGCUUGCUACCGGGACAUGUCAUCCUUCCCGGAAACCAAGGCUGAGAAAUACGUGAACAAGGCCAAAGGCAAGAAGUUCCUUCAGUACAAUCGACUGCAGCUCUCCCGCAUCUACCCCAAGGGCCAGCGACUGGAUUCCUCCAACUACGAUCCUUUGCCCAUGUGGAUCUGUGGCAGUCAGCUUGUGGCCCUCAACUUCCAGACCCCUGACAAGCCUAUGCAGAUGAACCAGGCCCUCUUCAUGACGGGCAGGCACUGUGGCUACGUGCUGCAGCCAAGCACCAUGCGGGAUGAGGCCUUCGACCCCUUUGACAAGAGCAGCCUCCGCGGGCUGGAGCCAUGUGCCAUCUCUAUUGAGGUGCUGGGGGCUCGACAUCUGCCAAAGAAUGGCCGAGGCAUUGUGUGUCCUUUUGUGGAGAUUGAGGUGGCUGGAGCUGAGUAUGACAGCACCAAGCAGAAGACAGAGUUUGUGGGUCAGUCUGUCUUCCCAGUCAUCCUCCUCAUCCUGCUGGGGCACUGCAAGCCCCUCCCCACCAGUCAUCCCAUCCUCUCCCAGGGUGACCUGAAGCCUUUUGUCGUUGCCUUCACAGUGGACAAUGGACUCAACCCUGUAUGGCCAGCCAAGCCCUUCCACUUCCAGAUCAGUAACCCUGAAUUUGCCUUUCUGCGCUUCGUGGUGUAUGAGGAAGACAUGUUUAGUGACCAGAAUUUCCUGGCUCAGGCUACUUUCCCAGUAAAAGGCCUGAAGACAGGAUACAGAGCAGUGCCUUUGAAGAACAACUACAGUGAGGACCUGGAGUUGGCCUCCCUGCUGAUCAAGAUUGACAUUUUCCCUGCCAAGCAGGAGAAUGGUGACCUCAGUCCCUUCAGUGGUACGUCCCUGCGGGAGCGGGGCUCAGAUGCCUCAGGCCAGCUGUUUCACGGCCGAGCCCGGGAAGGCUCCUUUGAAUCCCGCUACCAGCAGCCAUUUGAGGACUUCCGCAUCUCCCAGGAGCAUCUCGCAGACCAUUUUGACAGUCGAGAACGAAGGGCCCCAAGAAGGACUCGGGUCAAUGGAGACAACCGCCUCUAGUUGUACCCCAGCCUCGUUGGAGAGCAGCAGGUGCUGUGCGCCUUGUAGAAUGCCACGAACUGGGUUCUUUGGAAGCAGCCCCCUGUGGCAGCCUUCCGGGUCUCGCAGCCUGAAGCCUGGAUUCCAGCAGUGAAUGCUAGACAGAAACCAAGCCAUUAAUGAGAUGUUAUUACUGUUUUGGGCCUACAUGCCCCAGCUCUGGAUGAAGGCAAAAACUGUACUGUGUUUUGCAUUAAGCACACACAUCUGGCCCUGACUUCUGGAGAUGGAUCCUUCCAUCUUGUGGGGCCAGGACCAUGGCCGAAGCCCCUUGGAGAGAGAGGCUGCCUCAGCCAGUGGCACAGGAGACUCCAAGGAGCUACUGACAUUCCUAAGAGUGGAGGAGGAGGAGGAGCCUUGCUGGGCCAGGGAAACAAAGUUUACAUUGUCCUGUAGCUUUAAAACCACAGCUGGGCAGGGUGAGAAGCUAGAUGCCCCUGCAGUUUGGCCCUGGAGCCAGGGCAGAGGAAUGUAGGGCCUGCAUGGAGAAGGGCUCUGCCCUGCCUGGAGGAGGAGGACACAGCACAAGGGCACAUUGCCCAUGGCUGGGAACAUGACCCAGCCUGAAAGAUACAGGGGAUCAUGUUAAAAAUAGCAGUAUUAUUUUUCUUCUCAAUGGUAUUGUAACUAAGUUAUUUACUCCUUCUGCUCCUCACCCUUGUAGGGAAACCUUGGAGAGGAGAGUGGCAGGUGGGCUGCCUGCUGUGUUAAGAGGGCUUAGUUUGUGAUGUUAAGGCACUGUCAGGAAUGGGGGGCGGGCCAGGGUGGGAAGAGAAGAAAUAGCAGAGCCUAUUUUGGUGGGGUUUUUUGUUUUUAAGUCAAAGAAGACUCAGUAUGCUUUCCCUGAGGAAUGAAAAAGGGAUUGAGUAUGCUUUCCCUGAGGAAUGAAAAAGGGAUUGAGGAGUUGCCUGACUCCUGGGUGGGUGGGGUACAGGCAGUUGGGUGCUGAAUGAAGCUGCCAUCCUUGUUGCAGCUUCUAACUGGUAAAAAGAUCCAGGGAUGGAGAUGGGAAGGUUAGAAAGGCAGCCCUCACCUCUGAGGACAGAGGCCGGGGUCCAGGCCCAUGGGCGCAAAGGUGCCUCAUAGCAUAGCCAGCAUUCAGCACACACAAACCUACUGCCCACAUUUGGGCUCAGGGUUGGCCAUUUGCUAGUUCUGCUGCCCUCUUAAGAUCUGACUGCCAAAUAAAUCAUCCUCAUGUCCUUU